CAGAGGUCUCCAAUCGUGCAGGAAGACUGUAAAAUGGCGCAUUGUUGUUGCAGUCGUACAUUUUGAAAGCUAGCUUGCAAGCUAAUCGAAUUAGUUAGCCGGGCACACCAACCGAUUAUGCAACUUUUGCUUAUUUGCAUUUUUAAGUGUUUACAAUUUGCUUGCAUGUUUCUCGUUUGAGUUAAAAAGCUAGCUAGCAUUAGCGACAUUAGCUGCUAGCACAACACAUAUUCCUUCUUCUGUUUGCGCACAAGAGAUCUGAUCAAAAUGGGUUAUUUGAAACUAAUAGAGAUCGAAAACUUCAAAUCUUACAAGGGCAGGCAAAUCAUUGGUCCCUUUCACAAGUUCACCGCGAUUAUUGGACCCAAUGGAUCCGGUAAGUGAUGGCCAAUUAACAUUGCAAGUAGCCUAGUUAGCUAAUGUCACUGUACUGCUAGGCCUAGCUAGAUUGCUAGCUAAUGCUAGUUUAGCCGGGUUGAUUAUUUGCAACAUUGAUGCAAAUGCAUGGCGGCUAUACUUGUUACUUUGUCGAUAACGACAGCAUAUGAACACUUGUAUUCUAUUUAAUAUUAGCUACAUUUUUUAAAUAACUGUAGCUAGCUAGCCACGGGUGCAAAACAUUUGGCUAUGGUCCACAUUUCCUUCACUGACAGUCACCCAGUCAAUGAGAACAAAUGAAUGAGACCUCGCAAGUAGUUGAUCUAAUAAACAUUAGCUAGAUCAAUACUUUUAUGUAGUCCCGGGCGCCGAUCACGUGAACGUCGAUUAAGGCAGCCCCCGCACCUCUCUGAUUCAGAGGUAUUGAGUGCAAUCGGAAGACACAUUUUGGUUGAAUGCGUUCAGUUGUGCAACUGAUUAGGUAUCACCUUUUCCCAGUCCUAAGCUAGUAAGUUAGUUUACGUCCUUUUCCAAAGAAACAAUAUUUGCAAGACUUGAAUAGUUCACUCACUGACGCCAUUGAGUCCCAUUCAUAUUCUCUCCCUCCCAGGCAAGUCUAACCUCAUGGACGCCAUCAGCUUUGUGUUGGCUGAGAAGACCAGCAACCUGCGUGUGAAGACCCUGAAGGACCUGAUCCAUGGAGCUCCCGUGGGGAAGCCAGCAGCCAACAGAGCCUUUGUGAGCAUGGUGUACCACGAGGACAGUGGAGAAGAGCGCACCUUCACCAGAAUCAUCAUUGGUAUGCCACUGCUGUCUCCACAUCCAGAAGUGCUCAACUGUGUGGCUGUGUCUGCUAGUUCAAUGUGUAGUGUUGGUCUGAGUCUGAAAUGGCACUCAAAUCCCUACAUAGUGCAUUACUUUUGACGACGUGUCCUGGUCAAAAGUAGUGCGCUAUAUAGGGAAUAGGGUGCCAUUUUUGACACACCCUUUGUGUUCUGAUCUUUGACGGAUAGCCAUAACUAUCACCAAUCUUCUCUGUGUGUCAGGCUCGUCGUCAGAGUACCGUAUCAACAGUAAGGUGGUGAAUCUGGCAGAGUACAGCGAGGAGCUGGAGAAACUAGGAAUCCUCAUCAAGGCCAGGAACUUCCUGGUCUUCCAGGUGAGAACUGAUUCAAACAGUAACAUACAGUUAUCACAGUAAUAGUCACAUGCAAAAAUAUAUAACAAUUUAAUUUGCAUGAGUAGCUGGGUUUUCUCGAUCUUUCUUCAUACAAAAUGUACACUAUAUUACACACAUGCAAACAAUUAGCAUAUUUCAGCAGAAUGUGUGUAGUGCUUUCUUAAAAGUGAAUAAGAACCCUAGAGACUGUUCGUCCAUGGACCUCGCUUACCCUGUGUAAGACUGUUCGUAACCGCUGACCUCUAUGUAUUCCCCAAUCAGGGUGCAGUGGAGUCCAUAGCCAUGAAGAACCCUAAGGAGCGUACGGCUCUGUUUGAGGAGAUCUCCCGGUCUGGGGAGCUGGCUCAGGAGUACGACCGUAGGAAGAAAGAGAUGGUGAAGGCUGAGGAGGACACACAGUUUAACUACCACCGCAAGAAGAACAUCGCCGCUGAACGCAAAGAAGCCAAGCAGGAGAAAGAGGAGGUAUGGAUGACAGCCGGUCUGAUAGCAUUCUUCUCUUCUCACGAGAGCUCACUAACUCUCACUUCCCAUCUGUAGGUAGAAGGUAAUAUUGAGAUGGAUUGAUAGACUCCAUUCUUUUCUUCCAUUCUGCCCUACAACACAUAAACCCUUCUAGUUUUUGUUUUGGUGUGAUUUAUACAAUUGGCCCAAUUUGCGAACCUUGUAUGUAGUUUUCAUGUAUCAUUCACACACUUUCUCCCUAAUCCUCUCCAGGCUGAGCGUUACCAGCGUCUGAAGGACGAGGUGGUGAAGGCUCAUGUCCAGAUGCAGCUGUUCAAGCUGUACCACAACGACGCCGAGAUCGAGAAGCUGAACCGCGAGCUAUCGCACCGCAACAAGGAGAUCGACAAGGACCGCAAGAAGAUGGACCACGUGGAGGAGGAACUGAAGGAGAAGAAGAAAGAGCUGGGACGAAUGAUGAGAGACCAACAGACUGUGGAGAAAGAGAUCAAGUGAGUGGGGCGGGAGGGAGAAAGGGCUUGGGAGGAUGAUGAGACCAGCAGCCUGUAGAGGAGGUCAAGUGAGUAGUGAGGGAGGAAGGGGAAAGAGGAAUAGACCGUGAAGAAGGAGCCUAACAAGCCUAAUAUCUUAUCCUUUUCCACUCCCCCUCUUCCUCUUCCUCCUACAGGGAGAAGGAUGCUGAACUGAACCAAAAGCGUCCGCAGUACAUCAAGGCCAAAGAGAACACCUCCCACAAGAUAAAAAAACUGGAGGCAGCCAAGAAGUCCCUCCAGAAUGCCCAGAAGCUGUACAAGAAGAGGAAGGGGGACAUGGAUGAGUUAGAGAAAGAACAGGGCGCUGUGGAGAUGGCCCGGCAGGAGUUUGACGACCGCAUGGAGGAGGAGGCCCAGAGCCAGGGACAGGACCUCACACUGGAGGAAAACCAGGUUAGAGACUGGGAGCCUAUGAAGGGUAAUAAGGGUCUAUGUAGCUUCAUAAUGAUCUAUGAAGAGUCAUAGGAGAGAGAAGCAUGGAGGAGGAGGCCUAGAGCAAGGGACGGGAUCUUAAUCUAGAGGAAAACCAGGUUAGAGCCUAUGUAGUGUCUAUGAAGUGUAAUAAGGGAGUUAUAGGGGGUAUAGUAACUUAUGUAGGGCCAGAUGGCCAGACAGGAGUUUGAUGACCGCAUGGAGGAGGCAGCACAGGGCCAGGGCCAGGACCAGGUUAGUCUAUGAACGGUCAUGAGGGUGUUAUAAGUUAAAUAUGAAUGGUCACAGGGAGAUAGACUGGGAUCCUAUGAAGGGUUACAGCAGAUUAUCAGGCAGCACUGUGGCCUCAGUGAGGGAUGUAUGGGAAGGUCUCUGGUUCAGAUCCCAAAUCUCUCUAAUAAAUAUGUAGGUGAAUAUUUAAUACUCACCACCUCCCUCCUCCUCUCUCCAGGUAAAGGCCUACCACCGCCUGAAGGAGGAGGCCAGUAAGCGGGCGGCCACUCUGGCCCAGGAGCUGGAGAAGUUCAACAGAGACCAGAAGGCCGACCAGGACCGGCUCGACCUUGAGGAGAGAAAGAAAGUGGAGACUGAGGUAAAGGAUGGGGAGGAUGAUGAUGAUGAUGAUGAUACGGAAUACAGGGUUGUGAUCAUUGGGGCACGCAAUGUAACAAGGUUGUGCAACGGAAAAGGUGACUGGCCAAAGAGAUUAACCUUAUUAAUAUGUUCCAUCUGCAGGCCAAGAUCAAGCAGAAGAUCCGUGAGAUAGAGGAGAACCAGAAGCGUAUUGAGAAGUUGGAGGACUACAUUACCACCAGCAAGCAGUCUCUGGAUGAACAGAAGAGAAUGGAGGAGGAGCUGACUGAGGAGGUAGAGGGGGCCAAGAAGAGGAUUGAUGAAAUCAAUCUGGAACUCAACCAGGUACUUGAACACUAUCUGUCAAUCAAACUAUUGGUUGAUACUGAAAUACACUGGGAAAGUCAAAACAUUUUAUGUUGACAUUACAUGAUAACUGUAUAAGAAUUGCUAAUCUGGAAGAAGAAAAACAAUCUAUACAUUUUUAGUUUUGCUUGUCUCCUGUGGGGUUUGCUGCUAUGUAGAUUGCUAGCAAAUUACAAGUCCCAGGACCAUGUCAUAUCAGUCAACAUUGCCUGAGGACUUUUGACUGACAUCUUGUCUCUUCCCUAGGUGAUGGAGCAGCUGGGCGACGCCAGGAUUGACAGACAGGAGAACAGCAGGCAGGCACGCAAAGCAGAGAUUAUGGAGAGCAUCAAGAGACUGUAUCCCGGAUCUGUGGUAAGUCUGCGGGCACCAACAGCUACAGAGUUUGGGCUGGGGGCUGUCAGGUGGCAUAGGGCAACCACAGAGUAUUAAGAAACUACGCUGGAUCUGUGCAAACAUUUCUGGAAGCUGCAGCUAGCAUAGAGUUACCACACAUUUAGCUGUAAAGGCUAGAGGCUACCAGACAAAGGCGAGAUCAUGGAGAGCAUCAAACUCUAUCCCGAAUCUGUGGCAGUACUGGGGACUGAAGGCAGAGUUAGCAAUAGGACAACCACAGUUGGCUAUUUGUGCUUGUCACUAGGAUGCUCUCUUCUGUCUCUGUUUUACUCUCCACACAACUGCUCACUGUUCUCACUGUUCUCAGUGGUCCUCUGUAGCUCAAUUGGUAGAGCAUGGCGCUUGUAACGCCAGGGUAGUGGGUUCGAUCCCUGGGACCACCCAUACGUAAAAAUGUAUGCACACAUGACUGUAAGUCGCUUUGGAUAAAAGCGUCUGCUAAAUGGCAUAUUAUUUUAUUAUUAUUAUUGUGUUCUAGACAUGUUUCUUCUCUCAGAAUAUUGAUCAGAAAUAUUGAAGUGAUAGUGAAAUGGUUUUGACAUAUUCCAACGCUCUCUUUCUCUCCCUGCAGUACGGCCGUCUGAUCGACCUGUGUCAGCCCACUCAGAAGAAGUUUCAGAUCGCUGUGACCAAGGUGCUGGGCAAGAACAUGGACGCCAUCAUCGUGGACUCAGAGAAGACUGGCAGAGACUGCAUCCAGUACAUCAAGGAGCAGAGAGGAGAGCCGGAGACCUUCCUGCCCCUCGACUAUCUGGAGGUACACACUGGGGAAGACUACGUUUAAUGGGACUGGUCACUUACAUAGGGUGGAAUCCUAUCUUUAGAUGCACACACUUACCUCAACUAUUAAGUUAGAAUUUGUAUCAGUCCAGUCAAUUUUUCUGUGUCUCUGUGCUUGUAUUAAAUCAAAUUUAAUUUUCCACAAGCGCUGAAUACAACAGGUGUAGACAUUACAGUGAAAUGCUUACUUACAAGCCCUUAACCAACAAUGCAAUUUUUAAAGAAGUGUUAAGUAAAAAUAAAUAAAAGCAAACAACUAAAGAGCAGCAGUAAAAUAACAGUAGGGAGGCUAUAUACAGGGGGGUACCGGUGCAGAGUCAAUGUGCGGGGGCACCGGCUAGUCGAGGUAAUUGAGGUAAUAUGUACAUGUGGGUAGAGUUAAAGUGACUAUGCAUAAAUAAUAGACAGAGUAGCAGCAGCGUAAAAGAGGGGGGUGGGGGGGGGUAGUGCAAAUAGUCCUGGUAGCAAUGAUUAGCUGUUCAGGAGUCUUAUGGCUUGGGGGUAGAAGCUGUUGAGAAGCCUUUUGGGCCUAGACUUGGCGCUCCGGUACCGCUUGCUGUGCGGUAGCAGAGAGAACAGUCUAUGACUAGGGUGGCUGGAAUCUUUCACAAUUUUGAGGGCCUUCCUCUGACACUGCCUGGUAUAGAGGUCCUGGAUGGCAGGAAGCUUGGCCCCAGUGAUGUACUGGGCCGUACGCACUACCCUCUGUAGUGCCUUGCGGUCGGAGGCCGAGCAGUUGCUAUACCAGGCGGUGAUGCAACCAGUCAGGAUGCUCUCGAUGGUGCAGCUGUAGAAUUUAUUGAGGAUCUGAGGACCCAUGCCAAAUCUUUUCAGUCUCCUGAGGGGGAAUAGGCUUUGUCGUGCCCUCUUCAUGACUGUCUUGUUGUGUUUGGACCUUGAUAGUUCAUUGGUGAUGUGGACACCAAGGAACUUGAAGCUCUCCACUACAGCCCUGUCGAUGAGAAUGGGGGCGUGUUCAGUCCUCUUUUUUUUUUUUUUUUUUCUGUAGUCCACAAUCAUCUCCUUUGUCUUGAUCACGUUGAGGGAGAGGUUGUUAUCCUGGCACCACUCGGCCAGGUCUUGCACCUCCACCCUUACCACCUGGGGGCAGCCCGUCAGGAAGUCCAGGAUCCAGUUGCAGAGGGAGGUGUUUAGUCCCAGGAUCCUUAGCUUAGUGAUGAGCUUUGAGGGCACUAUGGUGUUGAACGCUGAGCUGUAGUCAAUGAACAGCAUUCUCACGUAGGUGUUCCUCUUGUCCAGGUGGGAAAGGGCAGUGUGGAGUGCAAUAGAGAUUACAUCAUCUGUGGAUCUGUUGGGGCGGUAUGCAAAUUGGAGUGGGUCUAGGGUUUCUGGGAUAAUGGUGUUGUGAGCCAUGACCAGCCUUUCAAAGCACUUCAUGGCUACAGACAUGAGUGCUACGGGUCGGUAGUCAUUUAGGCAGGUUAUCUUAGUGUUAUUGGGCACAGGGACUAUGGUGGUCUGCUUGAAACAUGUUGGUAUUACAGACUCAGUCAGGGACAUGUUGAAAAUGUCAGUGAAGACACUUGCCAGUUGGUCAGCACAUGCUCGAAGUACACGUCCUGGUAAUCCAUCUGGCCCUGCGGCCUUGUGAAUGUUGACCUGCUUAAAAGUCUUACUCACAUCGGCUACGGAGAGCGUGAUCACAUAGUCAUCCGGAACAGCUGGUGCUCUCAUGCAUGCUUCAGUGUUGCUUGCCUCGAAGCGAGCAUAGAAGUGAUUUAGCUCGUCUGGUAGGCUUGUCACUGGGCAGCUCGCGGUUGUGCUUCCUUUUGUAGUCUGUAAUAGUUUUCAACCCCUGCCACAUCCGAGUGUCAGAGCCGGUUUAGUACGAUUCAAUCUUAGUAUGGUAUUGACUCUUUGCCUGUUUGAUGGUUCGUCGGAGGGCAUAGCGGGAUUUCUUAUAAGCGUACGGGUUAGAGUCCCGCUCCUUGAAAGCGGCAGCUCUACCCUUUAGCGCAGUGCGGAUGUUGCCUAUAAUCCAUGGCUUCUGGUUGGGGUAUGUACGUACGGUCACUGUGGGGAUGACGUCAUCGAUGCACUUAUUGAUGAAGCCAGUGACUGAUGUGAUGUCUAUCUGAAGAAUCCCGGAACAUAUUCCAGUCUAUGCUAGCAAAACAGUCCUGUAGCUUAGCAUCUGCAUCAUCUGAUCACUUUUUUUAUUAGUCUAACUGUCUGUGUCUCUGUGUUCCAGGUGAAGCCUACAGAUGAGAAGCUGCGUGAGCUGCGUGGAGCCAAGCUGGUGAUAGAUGUGAUCCGCUACGAGCCGCCUCACAUUAAGAAGGCCCUGCAGUACGCCUGUGGUAACGCACUGGUCUGUGAGAACGUAGAGGACGCUAGACGCAUCGCCUUCGGAGGACCCUACAGACACAAGGUAGGAGGCACACUGAUGCAUUCACACACACCAUACAGUGUUUUCUACAAGCACAUGGAGAAGCCAGCCAAAUAGAAAAAGUAGCCAGCCAGGCUCCCCUGGAAAUGAAAUUCUCUAUGUUGGUGGCCUCUGGUACAUUCUAAUGCUAGAUUGUAUUUUCUACCUGCAACUAUCAGGAAAUAACACUGAUCAAAUUUUUCCGCACUUUUACAGUGUUAGUUUCAUCAGCUGUUGUACAAUACAGGGUUUCCGUUUACCAGAUCCAUAUGCGUGGGGUGCGUAACCUGAUUAGGGUGUCCACCCACGGUGCUCAGAAUCACAUGAAUUACAUUUAGAUUAUGGUAAUUCAUCUUGACAGAACAUGCAACUUGAGGAUGCAACGGCGUGUGUCCUUUCCGAAUUCAGAUGCGCAUUUGAAGACGUUAGAAUAACUGUCCACAUUUACUUUUCCUCAGCCAACAAUAUGGGUAAUGAACAGCAAAAUCACUAGUCGGUCAAUCUACUAUCCCCAUAGUAGAAAAGUUUACCUAUUCUAUUGGUCAGCUUUGUCGUUUUAUGCAAGAAAAAAAUGGCCUAUUCCAAGCAAACUCUGGGGGUAGAUGAUAGAUCCAAAUUCACACAACCAGUAGGCCUAGGCUACAUAAAAAUAAUAAUGAAAAAGCAAUGAGGCUGAUGCAAUGGAUCAGAACGCUUAGCUUAAAAUGUUCAUAAACUAUUAUUUCUUCACAUUAUAAGCUCAGCAAUGCGUACAAGACAGUAGGCUACGCGCAGAUGUUUGUUCCAUAAUGCAAUUAGCGGGAAAACACCGUUGUCAAAAGCGCAACCCGCGCAUGCUAGCGGUUUCAUGAGACAGAGAUGAAAAUAUCCAUUUAGGAAGAGGGGAGAUCUAAAGAUGCAACAACUAGCAUGGUUUGCUAAUAUAUUUAUUUUUAUUUUUUAUUUAACCUUUAUUUAACCAGGUAAGCCAGUUGAGAACAAGUUCUCAUUUACAACUGCGACCUGGCCAAGAUAAAGCAAAGUGCAAUUAAAAACAACAACACAGAGUUACAUAUGGGGUAAACAUUUACGUCAUUUAGCAGACGCUCUUAUACAGAGCAACUUACAGUUAGUGAGUGCAUACAUCAUUUUUUUAUACUGGCCCCCCAUGGGAAUCGAACCCACAACCCUGGCGUUGCAAACGCCAUGCUCUACAAACUGAGCUACAUCCCUAAAAAAACAUAACAGAAAAUAUAUAUACAGUGUGUGCAAAUGUAGCAAGUUAUGGAGGUAAGGCAAUAAAUAGGCUAUAGUGCAAAAUAAUUACAAUUAGUAUUAACACUGGAAUGCUAGAUGUGCAAGUAGAGAUACUGACUAGGAUUGUGCCUUUUGGCUACUGGACAAUGAAAGAAAGUUGAUUUGAAAAAGAAUAGAACAUAAGUGAGAGGCUACUGGUUUCAAUGGCAUAUGGAAGUCUUUAUAAAAUAAUUGUCUCCGCGUUUGGUUUUAUUUUGGCUAGGUUACUUUAAAGCAAGGUAAACAUGCCUCAUGUAGUAAAACAUUCAGGUUUCAAACAAUUAAGUAUAUGUUUUAAAAAUGCAUACUGCCUCCAGCUCAUUGCAAAUUGGUGUGUGGCGUGCUGAAGCCUGCCUACCAUUGUAUGCACUUGAAGGCCGAAUGGGAAGUGCACUUCAAUUAGAGUUGGAAAAAAAGUGUGUAGGUAUUUUUAAUCGUGGCUAUCAAAACUGUUUUGAACAUGCAAUUUCAUUUAGAAUUGUUGUGCAAUGAUUGGGCUUAUAAAAGCACGUUUCGCAAACAGGAGUUUGUAGCUAUCUGCAAUACAGGUAUGAUUUGAAGAAUGAACCAGGUGUUAAACAUGGGCUUUGCUACACAGAAUGCAGCAGUUUACUACUUCAUUCUCUCCACUAGUCCCAACAGAAUGUCUACUGGGCCGGACAUAUGGUGUAGGUCUUAAAUGCAUUGGGGUCAUGCUUUCCCUCUAUAUUCAGCUACAUUUGGUUAUUAUGAUAUGGAUUAAAAAGCUAUGUAAUAUAAUUGAGCAAAGCAAGUCAUUACUCUUCUUUAGAAUUGCAUUGUAUAAAUUGAAUUCAUUUUUGUUUCUAAAGUAUGUAAUUUUGAGAAGAUUUGAAAAUAGGAUGCUGUCCCUUUUUAAGACACAAAUUCCAAAAGAGAGAUCGACAUGGCUACAGUAGGCUAGCCAAGACGAAUGCUCUUUUUGUAGCUUUCUAUUUGCACACUAUCAACAGUAGCCAGCAUAUUGCUAGUAUCUUCAGUAUUGAAGGUUUACUUUCAUAAAUCACUAUCCCUAUAAUAAAUAAGCUCAGCGAGUAGAUUGAUGGGAGAUAAUUUUUGCUCUGACAGCUCGCGUGUGCUGUGUGAAGGCCACUGAGGUAUAGGCACAGGCAUCCAUGUACUGCUCGAGAAGUUCUGACUCACGGGAGCCUGGUGGUGCUUGAAUGAACAGCCAAUCAUAUUGCUCAAAUACAUGACAUUUACGCGUGUAGUUUUCAAUGGGAGACUGUAGCAGAGCAGGUAAAUGUUGAACUGAAUCCUUGUCGGGGCAGUGACAGACGAUAUCCACUGGCCCGGCACAUGUUUUUACUGACCCUGGGCCAUCGUUAAUGUCGGACCCUGCACGCUAAAGAAAGUAAAUGAAUGUGCCAGAAAACAAUAGGCUAAGUGGAUUUAGACUCUGUCAUCGCUCACUUUGUGACUGACAGGCGCCUGUCCUAUCAAUAGAUUGCUAGAAGAUGCAUAUGGUUCAUUCUAGCGGGAGAGGGCUCGGCAGACUUUUUUCUCACUAGCGAAUUGAAAAGUAGCCUAGUUAAUUGAAGUGGAAAAAGUAGGCGCUAGUAGAAAACUGCAUUCAGACACAAGGUACACACACACACCUUGAGUGAAAGAUGUGCAAAUUAACUCUUUCAAUUAAUUUCAUUCAUUCUCUUUCUCCCUCUUCAUCCCUGCACUCCUCUCUUUCUGUCUACCUCCCACUCCAGACAGUGGCCCUGGACGGUACUCUGUUCCAGAAGUCUGGUGUGAUCUCUGGUGGUGCUAGUGAUCUGAAGGCUAAGGCCAGGCGCUGGGAUGAGAAGGCUGUGGACAAACUCAAGGACAAGAAGGAGAAACUCACUGAGGAACUCAAGGUAAACAGUCACUCUGGCCACUGGGAUCUUGAGCAUCAUAUCACCAUCAUAACAUGUUAUGGCACUCAAGGUAAACCAGUCACACAUCCUACUGUGAUUUGGAGCAUCAUACCUCAUAACCAAUGUUCACUCUAUUUCUUUCCGGCACUGAGCAAAUUUCAGGUCUGCUGAGAACAAACCUGAACAUUGAACAUUUGGCUAAACUUCCGGUUCGUUUACUGUUAACACUGAGACUGUACCUGCUUUAAGUUAGUUUUAACACUGGUCAAGUAGACUACUGUGGCUAUUUUAUAAUAAUGUAGGCCUACCAGAGUGGCCUACCAUCAAAAACAAUGGAGAAAUUCAUCCCAUAACAGUUUAACAUGGAAAUAGCUUUUCUAUCGUUCAGCGUACAGUAGUAGCCGAUGUGAGAGAAAAAAACAUGCAGGGCUUGACAUUAACCUGUUUAUCCACUUGUCCUUCAGACAAGGAGGUGAAUGAAAUUUUUUGUUUUUGUUGUAAGAAACAAAAUAAAAUGUGUCAUUAUUCCCAUACCAUUAUUACAGAGAAUCAGACAAAUUAUGCUACUCUCUGCCUAUUGGCUACUUAGCUUAUUCAAGCCCAUCUCAAAAUACAAUACAGCUCUUUACCCGACUCACUUGUCAAAGAUUGCUAGAAAUUCACACAUUGUGCUCUUGUAGGAAGCAAUCACUCCCCACUUGCUGACUAUGAUCUAUAACUGGGCUAAUAACUCACUAACUACCAACGGAUAUGAACAAAUGUGCACACGUGGCUACAUGUAGCGCUCGCUUUGAUCUUUAAAAAAACUAGCGCAUCUACUCACGACCGCUCAUGCUGUAAACACAGCCCAGUUCAAAGUGAAUGGCACAGAUCCAUAUAUGGCAAUGGUCUAUUUGCAUAUAGGCCUACUGCAGCUCUGAUUGGUUAUGGCGCACCGUGUAGAGUACGGGUCUGAGUCGUGCCUGUCAAUGCAAUAGAAUCCUACUCCGAUGCAUUCUGUCUAAUACAAUCUCUUGGAUAGUUUUGCAUAUUAAGUCUUCAUACUUUGUAUUUCUUUCUUGCUAUGUUGCAUUGAAAGUGGAUAAUAUUUACGUUGAUUCGAUCACAAUUCCCACAUAUUAAAGGGAAAUGUUGAUAGUGUUAAAUAACGGGGAAAACUCCAGAAAGUUGAGUGAAGUUCAAUCUCGUGCUUCUCUGCGCGGGCUGAUAUUUCUUCUGCGUGGCAGUCCUGGGAGAGCUUAGAGGGAACAUUGCUUAUAACAUAUAUAACAUGUUAAUAUGAAACUGAAGGACUGUCAAACAUAUUUUACUGAGCCUUUAUCAAGCUGCAGUUGGAUAAGCAACCUAAUGUAUUUAUUAGAAUGCUGUCAAGGACACAAGCAUUACAAGGACAAUGAUGCAUCUCUGAAAGGAACAGGACUACGAUAACAAUGGGGCAUCGCUGUGAAAGGAAAAACACUACAAUAAUCAUGAUGCAUCUCUCUCUGUGGGUGUAGGAGCAAAUGAAGGCUAAGAGGAAGGAGGCAGAGCUGCGCCAGGUCCAGUCUCAGGCCCACGGCCUCCAGAUGAGACUCAAAUACUCCCAGAGCGACCUGGAGCAGACCAAGACACGACACCUCUCCCUCAACAUGCAGGUAUGGAGGUGUAGCAACACGGUGUCAGUUCGUUUUGUAUUAGCCCUAAACCAAGGGUCUGCAACUUGUGGCUCUGGAGCUGCAUGUGGCUUUUUAAGUGAUGUGGUGAUCUAUAAUUAGUCAUUCAAAGUCAUUAAUAUAGGUUUUUACUACACUGUGUGUCAGUAGGGUUUCUAGAACCCCUAGACACACACUGUUGUGAUUCAUUAGACUAACAAGUCCUUUUCCCACCCUCUGUAGGAGAAGUCCAAGCUGGAGAGUGAGCUGGCUAACUUUGGACCUCGCAUCAACGACAUCAAGAGGAUCAUCCAAUCCCGUGAAAAGGAGGUCAAUAAUUUGAGAGACCGGAUGAACGUUGUGGAAGAUGAGGUGUUUAUCGAGUUCUGUAAGGAGAUUGGGGUCAGGAACAUCAGAGAGUUCGAGGAGGAGAAGGUCAAGAGGCAGAACGAGAUCGCCAAGAAACGGUGAGUCACUCUCCUCCAUUGUGUCAAUGUCAAAUCAAAUUGUAUUUGUCACAUGCGCCGAAUACAACAGGUGUAGACCUUACCGUGAAAUGCUUACUUAAAAGCCCUUAACCAACAAUGCAGUUUUAAGAAAAAUAAGAGCUAAGAAAAUAUUGACUAAAUAAACUAAAGUAAAAAAAAAAAAAACGAGGGUAUAUUCAGGGGGUACUGGUACCGAGUCAAUGUGCGGGGGUACAGGUUAGUUGAGGUAAUAUGUACAGUACCAGUCAAAAGUUUGGACACACCCACUCAUUCAAGGGUUUUUCUUUAUUUUUACUAUUUUCUACAUUGUAGAAUAAUAGUGAAGACAUAAACUAUGAAAUAACACAUAUGGAAUCAUGUACUAACCAAAAAAUAUUUGAGAUUCUUCAAAUAGCCACCCUUUGCCUUGAUGACAGCUUUGCACACUCUUGGCAUUCUCUCUACCAGCUUCACCUGGAAUGCUUUUCCAACAGUCUUGAAGGAGUUCCCACAUAUGCUUAGCACUUGUUGGCUGCUUUUCCUUCACUCUGCCGUCCGACUCAUCCCAAACCAUCUCAACUGGGUUGAGGUCUGGGGAUUGUGGAGGCCAGGUUAUCUAAUGGAGCACUCCAUCACUCUCCUUCUUGGUUAAAAAGCCCUUACACAGCCUGGAGGUGUGUUGGAUCAUUGUCCUGUUGAAAAACAAAUGAUAGUCCUACUAAGCCCAAGCCAGAUGGGAUGACGUAUCGCUGCAGAAUGCUGUGGUAGCUAUGCUGGUUAAGUGUGCCUUGAAUUCUAAAUAAAUCACUGACAGUGUCACCAGCAAAACACCCCCACACCAUAACACCUCCUCCUCCAUGCUUUACAGUGGGAACUACACAUGUGGAGUGUUAACCUAACAGCAUCCAUUUUGUGUCUGUGUGACCUUUAGGCUGGAGUUUGAAACCCAGAAGACUCGUCUGGGCAUCCAGCUGGACUAUGAGAAGAACCAGCUGAAGGAGGACAAGGAGAAGGUCAUGAUGUGGGAGCAGACCGUCAAGAAGGACGAGGCGGAGAUAGAGAGACUCAAGAAGGUAAAUAGAGAUUAACGUAAAAGGCUUCCGAACUAAGUCGGUGUCCCUUUCACUUGAAAUAUGCAGUUGCACACUCCCACUCAUGGAUUUAACAAUGGCGGAAACGCCGUCCAACCACCCUCCACCAAUCCAAUGCUUUUAAAUCCAUAACGAGGAGUGUGCAAGUGCACGCUUCAGGAGAAGGGAGGAGACUCGGGAUGCAGCCUAAAUUCUUAGACCGAUAGCGUUAAUCAAAUGUGUACUUUCGUUCUUUGUUGGUGAGAUUGGACGUUUUAUAACUUUUUUUCUCCUUGUCUGUCUUUCCCAGGAGGAGCACCGCCACAUGAAGAUCAUAGAUGAGACCAUGGCCCAGCUGCAGGACCUGAAGAACCAGCACCUCACCAAGAAGUCCGAGGUCAACGACAAGAACCACAACAUGGAGGAGAUACGCAAGAAACUGGGAGGAGCCAACAAGUGAGUCUUAAACCAUAGACGCGCACGCACACACCAAAACCCUCAUCUUCUUUUUCUGCCCAUUUCUAAAAGGCAAAUAUUUCUUACUUACUACAUUGUUCUUGUAUCUGAUUGAAAAAAGAACCGCUUGUAGCAUUUCCAUUUGUUUGUGUUCAACAAUUGUGUUUGUAUUUACCUUAGGGAGCUGACCCAGAAAGAUGGCUACUAGUUUUGUAGCAUUGCAGUUUGCGGCAGUAUUGUUUGACCGGUGUGUGUUAUUCCCUCAGGGAGCUGACCCAGCUGCAGAAGGAGGUGACGGCCAUCGAGACCAAGCUGGAGCAGAAACGCAGCGACCGCCACAACCUGCUGCAGGCCUGUAAGAUGCAGGACAUCAGACUGCCGCUACGCUCUGGGACCAUGGACGACAUCGGCCAGGGAGAGGUACUUAACAUUCUCUCUUUCUCUCCCACUCUCUCUUCGUCCCUCUUUCUCUCUCGCUCGCUCUCUGACAUUAUCUCGCUCUCUUGCUUUCUCUGACAUCAUCUCUCUCUCUCACUUUCUCUGACGUUCUCUCUCUCUCUGACAUUGUUCUCUCUCUCUCUCUCUCUGAAAUUGUUCUCUCUCUCUCUCUCUCUGACAUUGUUCUCUCUCUCUCUCUCUCUCUGACAUUGUUCUCUCUCUCUCUCUGACAUUGUUCUCUCUCUCUCUCUCUCUGACAUUGUUCUCUCUCUCUCUCUCUGACAUUGUUCUCUCUCUCUGACAUUGUUCUCUCUGACAUUGUUCUCUCUCUGUAGGGGAGCUCCCAGCAGGAGGAGUCUAGCAGCAGUCAGAGAACGUCCAGUACUGUCCUGGCUAAAGAGGCUCUCAUAGAGAUUGAUUACAGCAUCCUGUCUGAAGACCUCAAGGUAAUAAAUGAACACAUGCGUGAACCCUGCAUACUAAGGCUGUGUCUGGGAGUGUGCAAGUGCAUACUUUGGGAGACGUGUGGAGAAUUGGGACGCAGUUCAUCUCCCCAUAGACUCAGUCUCUGUAUCUUUGUACAUGUAAAAUUGGCUGUUUCAGCCAUGAUUCAAUAUCCCAGCAAUGGGGUUGUUUUUAUGUGAGUUUGAAAUGUAGUGUGAGCCCGAGGACAUGAGUCACCUAACAUAUUUUUGUGUGUCUGCUUUCUCUCAGGACGCGCUGGCGGAGGAUGAGAUCAAGGCAGAGAUGCACACACUGCAGCAACGUCUCAACGAACAGCAGUCCAUACUGCAGAGAAUCAGCGCACCCAACAUGAAGGCCAUGGAGAAACUAGAGUCUGUCAGGGACAAGUUCCAGGAGACCAGCGACGGUACGGAAGAGAGAUGAAUUAGUUGAGAAAUGUGUAGAACCCAGGCUUACACUUGAGUCUUAAUGGACUAACUUACCAUCUAUCUCUUGGUGAAUGAAUCAAAUGUUACUGAAAUAGGAAAGGAUGUAUCGACAUUGCAUAAUGCGUUUAUGAUGAUCUAUUCUGUAUUCCAGAGUUUGAGGCGGCCCGUAAGAGAGCCAAGAAGGCCAAGCAGGCGUUUGAGCAGAUCAAGAAGGAGAGGUUUGACCGCUUCAACGCCUGUUUUGAGGCUGUAUCCACCAACAUCGAUGAGAUCUACAAAGCCCUGUCACGCAACAGCUCUGCCCAGGUAUUAUCCUUCAGAAAUACUGCAUAGUAGUACUGUAUCAUACACAAACAGGCUAAAAUGUAUUCCACCAAGUAAAAGUAGCUACAUACUGUAUUAUGUGGCAUUUGCAUUGACAUAGGGUUCAUUCCAUAUGAAAUCAAUGGUCUGUUUGACUGCACCCCUUUCGAUUUGAACAAAACUUUCUGUAUGUUGAUGGUGUGUUCCUUCAUCCCAGGCCUUCCUUGGGCCGGAGAACCCAGAGGAGCCUUACCUGGAUGGGAUCAACUAUAACUGUGUUGCCCCUGGUAAGCGGUUCAGACCCAUGGACAACCUCUCUGGAGGGGAGAAGACCGUAGCCGCCCUGGCUCUGCUGUUCGCCAUACACAGCUACAAGCCUGCCCCAUUCUUCGUCCUGGAUGAGAUUGAUGCUGCGUUGGACAACACCAACAUUGGCAAGGUCUGUGUCUAAAACCCUGCUGCAUAAACUAUUAUUAUUGUCAUGAAAUACCCAUAUGUGAUUACUAUGUAAUUGUCACGAAAUCUCGCUAUCACCACUAUCAGUCUAAAAUGGCACCCUAUUAUUUAUGUAAGUGCACUAAUUAAAGUAGUGCACUAUAUACUGUAGGGAUAGGGUGGCUUGUUAUUGUGAUGUCUGUGUCGCCUAUCCAUAUUAUGUAGAUGACUAACGACAUCACUACUUGUUAUGUAAUUACCAUGCUGUUAUGUCUAAUACUGUCCAUCUAUACAGGUGGCCAACUACAUCAAGGAUCAGUCAGUGAACACUCAGGCCAUAGUGAUCUCUCUAAAGGAAGAGUUCUACACCAAGGCUGACUCUCUCAUCGGGGUCUAUCCAGAGGUACACACACACACACACACACACGGACGCAACAAAACACACACACAAACACAGAUGUAACAAAACACACACACACAACACAUACCCACGAUCCAACACACCUAUCCAUAAAUCCUUGUAAUGCUUAGCUUUUACAUAAAAACAUUACUAACUAGAAGAAUGUCUUGUCAUUUUCUCUCACAUUUGAGAUAAUAGAAUGACUAGCCACGUAUGCUAACUGUUUUCUAUGACUUAAGGGCAAAACUGACAGCAUCACUCUUUCCCCCCACAGCAAGGAGAUUGCGUCAUCAGCAAAGUGCUGACCUUUGACCUGUCUGUGUACCCUGACGCCAACCCCAACCCCAACGAGUAGGACCCCAACAAGUAGGACAUCACACAGAGUAGAGGAGCAAAACGACAGGCAUACCUUUUAACUCAUUGGCAUUUUGACAUUCUGGUCGGUCAACUGAACCAGGGUCAUAUUCAUUAGUGCUGGCAACAGAAAAUGUUUUAAAACGUUUUGUAACUGUGAACAGAAAUUAAUGUUUCUUAUUGGAUAAGUCCAGCUAAUCCCUACCUGUUUCUGCUCGUU